CACCGGCGUGAGGCACACAGAUCAUAAUAAUGAGCUCAGAGUUUGAUGAGGAGACGGCGGUGAUCAGCGGACAGGAGGAGGAGAGCAGAGGAGAGGAGGAGGAGGAGGAAGAGGAGAAAAAAGAGGAGGAGGAGGAGGAUGAUGAAGGGUUUUCUGUGCUGUCAGAGCUGCCGGUGGAGAAGAGCGAGAGACGACCGACCUGCCGGAGAUGCUGUCGUCCACUGAAGGUGUGCCUGUGUCCGUUUCUCCCUUCGCGUCCCCUUGACGUCUCCACAUGUCUCUACAUCGUCCAGCACCCUGCUGAGGAGAGUCGGGUCCUCCGUACGGUUCCUCUGCUGGCCGCGUGUCUGCCGGUAGCCAAGUGUCGAGUGCUGGUGGGACGCCGGUUCUCUGAGGACAGAUACCCGGAGCUGGCGGCGGUGUGUAGAGACUCACACACUCUGGUUCUGUAUCCUGGAGCAGACGCACACAACCUGGAGGAGCUGCAGCCACACACAGGCGACACACACACAAACACACACACACUCAUCCUGAUCGAUGGCACCUGGAGCCAGGCCCGGGACAUGUUCCUGAAGAACACACUGCUGCAGCUGCCCCGACAGGUCCAGCUCUGCAGCGCCCCCUCCAGUCAGUACGUGAUCCGCACGCAGCCCAACAACAUGUGUGUGUCCACGCUGGAGUGUGCGGCGGUGGCGCUGUCUGUGCUGGAGAAUGACCACAACAUUCAGGAGGUGCUGCUGCGGCCCCUGCGCGCGCUCUGUUCGUUCCAGCUCCAGCACGGAGCGCAGGUCCACCACAGUAAAGAGCAGCUGAUCAGGAGCGGAGAGUACAAGAAGAGCCUGCCCAGAAACAAGCGCAAGAUACGCCGCAUGCAGAAGCUCAUCAGCAACCACACCAUCUGACACACACACACACACACACACACACACACACACACACAC